CAAAACAAAAAAACAGAAUUUUCCCGCUAACCCCAAACCAGAUUCAUCACUCCAUCCUUCUAGAGCUUAGAAUUCUCUGCAAAUCCCAGUAAAUAUGGAAGAAACAACAAAACCAAGAAGAAAAGCCAGCAACAGGAAACCCCUCACUGAUCUCACCAAUACAAUCCCAUCCUCUCUUCCUUUUUCACAAUCCUCCUCUGCUUCUAUCAAAACCCAAAUCAAAUCUUCGCACCCUUCGGAUCUUAAAUCCCUUCCUAGCAACCCCAAUACCAGCCUUAAGCGCACCUCUAAGCUUACUCCCACUGACUCCACCAAAAAUAUAAAUAAUAAUAACAAUGACAAGAAGGAAAAUGAAAUUUGUCCGAGUGACAAUGCAAAUCCUAGCUCCAAGCCGUCUCCGCCGUCAAAAACACCUUCCCUUUCGGAUUUUGAGCCUUGUACAGUUUACAGGAGACGCACUGCUAAGAAAAAGAAGAGUAAAGGGAAGGAAGUUGCGGAGCCUUUGAGUAGCCUUUUUGAAACGAGGACUCCCAGCUUAAGGAAAAAGAAGGAUGAAGAUGGUGAUAUUGGUAUCUCUAAAUCAUGCCCAAUGCCAUGUAAAAAGAAGCAAUGCCGAGACAAGGCUGAGAUAAAUGCUUCUAAGGUUGACUUGCCCCAAGAUUUCAUCAACAAACAAAGAGCGUAUUUUGCGGAGGUUGAUGCAUUUGAACUGGAAGAGGAGGUUGCAUCAGGUAAUGAGUCGAACUAGAUGAAAAAAGGUAUAGAACUGAAUGAGUUAGGAUAAUGCAAUUAAGAUGAUCUAACCCUGUAAAACUCUCUGUAUAUAGUUACCAAAAUAACCAUCUUACCUUAGCUAUAUCAUCACCACGAGAGUCUUGUUUACAGUAGUUUUAUAUUGGAUUUGGCAUUCUACUUUUCUAUGUUUAGCAAAAGGCUUUUUGAUUCCUUUGCGAUUUGUGAAUUAUUGAUAUCAUGUUAUUGAGGAACUGCUUGUCAAAUAUGUGUUGACCAAAAUGAUUUUGGUUUAUAGGAGGGGAUGAUUAGUUGACCUGUCGAAAGACCGGGUUAGGUUUCUGAAUUACAA